UAAACCCCGGCCCUCACUCGUCACCACCACAAAUCACAACCCGCUCAAGAACUCAGCCCACCACCAUGGCUUCUCCCAAGAUGAUCCUCGUGCUCGCCACCUCCCUCCUUAGCUGCGGCCUCCUGGUCGCUGACUACGCCCCCAUGACCCUGACCGUCGUGAACAACUGCCCCUUCCCCGUGUGGCCGGGCAUCCAGGCCAACUCCGGCCACGACGUCCUCGAGGGUGGCGGCUUCUUCCUCCCGGCCCUCUCCCACAAGUCCUUCCCAGCGCCCACCCAAACCUGGUCCGGCCGCAUCUGGGCGCGCACGGGCUGCACCGGAGCCGGCGCUCAGCUCCACUGCGCAACCGGCGACUGCGGCGGCCGGCUCCAGUGCGGCGGCCUCGGCGGCGCGGCGCCCGCCACGCUGGCGCAGGUCAACCUCCACCACGGCAACGACCAGACCUCGUACGGCGUCAGCGUGGUGGACGGCUUCAACGUGGGCCUGUCCGUGACCCCGCACGAGGGGCGCGGCAACUGCCCCGUCCUCGCCUGCCGCAAGGACCUCACCCAGACCUGCCCCAGCGAGCUGCAGCUGCGCUCGCCGGCCGGGAGCGUCCUCGCGUGCAAAAGCGGCUGCGAGGCCUUCCACACCGACGAGCUGUGCUGCCGCAACAUGUACAACAGCCCGCGCACCUGCCGCGCGUCCAAGUACUCGGAGUUCUUCAAGCGCGAGUGCCCGCAGGCCUUCACCUACGCCCACGACAGCCCCUCGCUCACCCACGAGUGCGCCGCGCCGCGCGAGCUCAAGGUCAUCUUCUGCCACUAGAGCGCGGAUCGGAGCUCGGAGGGGUGGGCGCGAGCGCGUGCGCCGUCACCGUCAACCAGUGUCGCUAGGAUUUGCGGUGUGCUUCCGUGCGUGAUUAGUUUGUCGUUUGACUCGUGUUCUGUUGGUACAACCCGUCGUGGGAUGGGUGCGUUCUGGCUGUAAGAAUGUUGCUGCUGCUCAGUUUCCAGUCUGAAAUAACUUGUUUAGAUGAGUAAUGAACUUUGUCGCAUGUUCGGAUGUAGUAACAAUCAUCAAGAAGUGUUAAGUGCA